AUGGGUGUACAGCGUAGUAUGCCAGUUAGCUGUGGCAACAAGGACUGUCUGGGUCUUCGCAAACGUGUCUGUGGCCUGCACCAAACCUGGAAGUGGCUCCACCAAACGCCCGCCCUUCACGAGUAUCUGAUCUCUGCCAGCUCCGUGGCUGCAAACAAAAACGCCUCAGUCUAAAGUCCAGCGUCUCAGACACCAAAGCCAUCUAAACCAAAACACGAAUACAAUAGCAAAUACAAAUACUACCGUAGACUAUAAAAAAAAAUAAAACACCCGAAAUCGGGAACAACAUAACCUAACCGCAAAGA